CACUAUUCGCUCUAUUCCGUGAACCUUGAUAUGCUGUAUUUGUAUAUAUGUACAGUUAGCGGUAGUACUUGAGUUCAGAUAGCUUUGAAUGAGAUAGCAGUUGUUUCUAAGAAGUGUGUUGUCUGUUGUAUAAUGAUUAAUACAGGGAAGUUAGCUGGUCGUACAGUUUUUAUCACUGGAGCCAGUCGAGGUAUUGGGAAAGCAAUUGCCUUGAAAGUUGCCAGAGAUGGGGCCAACGUUGUUAUUGCAGCCAAAACUGCUGAACCACAUCCAAAAUUGCCAGGAACCAUAUAUACUGCAGCCCAAGAAGUUGAGGCUGCAGGGGGCAAAUGUCUGCCUUGUAUAGUUGAUGUUCGAGAUGAGAAGCAAGUGACAUCAGCAGUUGAAGAGGCUGUAAAGAAAUUUGGAGGCAUUGACAUCCUUGUGAACAAUGCUAGUGCCAUUUCACUAACAGGCACUCUGGAUACUGAAAUGAAAAGAUAUGACCUCAUGCAUCAAAUUAAUACCAGAGGCACGUUCCUGGUAUCAAAAGUUUGCUUACCCUACCUGCAGAAAGGGAGAAACCCACAUAUUUUGAACCUGAGUCCACCCUUGAAUAUGGACCCAGUUUGGUUUAAGAAUCAUGUGGCAUAUACCAUGUCAAAAUAUGGAAUGUCAAUGUGUGUCCUUGGUAUGGCUGAGGAGUUCAGGAAUGAUGGAAUUGCUGUGAAUGCUCUUUGGCCUAGGACAGCAAUUCAUACAGCAGCCAUUGAAAUGCUUAGUGGCAGAGAGGCAGCACGUGUAUCAAGGAAACCAGAGAUCAUUGCUGAUGCUGCAUAUGCCAUCUUUUGUCGGGACUCGAAGACAUUCACGGGGAAUUUUACCGUGGAUGAUGAAAUUCUCAGAGAAGAAGGAGUAACAGACUUGGACCAAUAUGCUGUGGAUCCUUCCAAUAAAGAGAAUAUCAUGCUUGAUUUCUUUUUGGAGCAGAGUCCAGAUACGAUUAAGCUUACACAGCAGAAGAGUGGGAGCAGCGUAGGAGGGGGCCAGAUAGCGUCUCUAUUUGAAAAAAUUGAGGCCAAUAUCAGUCCUGAAUUGGUGUCAAAAACCAAUGCUGUAUUUCAUUUUGUUGUGAAAGGUUCUGAGUCUGGGGACUGGUACAUUGAUCUCAAGACAGGCAAGGGUUCAGCAGGCCAAGGAAAGCCACCAUCAGCUGCAGACGCAACUCUCUCCAUGGAUAGCAAGGACUUCUUUGAUUUGUUUUCUGGAAAACUGAAGCCAGCAGGAGCAUUCAUGACAGGGAAGCUGAAAAUCAGUGGGAACCUGCAAAAGGCCAUGAAGUUGGAGAAACUUAUGGGCAUGCUGAAAUCAAAACUGUAAUGCCAUUUUAAAAAGUCACUUUCGGAACUAUUGCAAGUUAACUGUGGAGUGCAGAUGGUUGCACUUGUUAACAUUAUGUCUUAAAAUAAUCCUGUGUUUA